AUGGCUUGUGCGGAUGCUCAGAAGGUUCUUUAUGAUACUCACAUGCUGUUAGAGGAAGCAGAGUAUUGGUUAGAUAAUGCUAGACAGAGAUUUGAGGCUAAUGGUAUUGCGCUAACUUGGGUUAUUUUUAGGGAUGCAUUCUUGGAAAAAUAUUUCUCAGUUGAUGUAAGUAGUAAAAAGGAGAUCGAAUUCGUUGAACUUAAGCAAGGGAAUAUGACUCUUGCAGAUUAUGCUUCUAAGUUUGAGGAAUUAUCUAGGUUUUUCCCUCACUAUAAUGGGGUAGAGGCUGAAAUGUCCAAAUGCAUUAAGUUUGAGAAUGGACUUCACCUAGAGAUCAAACAGUUUAUUGGGUAUCAGGAAAUUCGUCAGUUCUCCGUGUUGGUCAACAAGUGUCAUAUAUAUGAUAAAGACAUUCGUGUUAGAUCUGCUCACUACAAGAGUGUUAGUGAGAAGAAGAAUGGAAACCAGAGUCGUGGCAAGCCAGAAAUGGCUGGAAGAAAUUAUCGCACAAUCGUUGAUGCCUUGGCAACUUUGGCUCAGGUUUUGCAAGCUCAGCAGAAUCCAGUGGUUGAAGAUGUUGAAUCUCGUGGGUUGGAUAGGAUUCAGAGAAAUAAACCACCAACCUUCAAAGGAAGGUAUGACCCUGAAGGUGCUUAA